AUGGCAUCUCUCGGAACACUUAACACUACUCCAUUCAAUCCAAGAAUUCGCAAGAUCUUGGCAGCAGCAGCCAUCGCUGGUGUUGAACUUUCAACCCCCUCGGACUUCAAAUUUGGCGAAACGAACAAACAGUCUGCGUAUCUUUCCAAAUUCCCCCUUGGCAAAGUCCCUACGCUAGAGACCCAAGAUGGCUUCCAUCUCUCUGAGUCCUUCGCAAUAGCGUACUAUACCGCCGAACGUGCAGUCACGACUCAAAAACGAGAGCAGCUGCUCGGAUCGAGCCCUGAGGAGAGAGCUCUUAUCCAACAGUGGAUAUUCUUUACCUCACUCCAUCUUGAACCCACAAUCAAUAAUGUUUGUGGUUGGAGGAAGGGAUACGCAAAGUAUGAUGCAGAAGUUGAACGGUCCAGCGGAGAGGAAUUCAAGCGCUGGCUGAACUACAUGGAAGCAGCUAUUAAGGGACAAGACUGGUUCGUGAAAGGCGGCACCGGGCCUAGCCUAGCGGAUAUUGCCAUUGGGAGUGCUUUGUAUUUUGCGUUUGGGAUUUACCUGGAUCAGAACGCUCGCAAUGAGUAUCCGGAACUUACCGCGUGGUAUAAGAAGCUGAAAGAUGUGGCAGAGUUGGCUUCCAUUUUUGAAGGAGAUAUGAUUGAUCAGAGGUUGGAAGAGCCAUCAACUAAGGAAUAA